UUUUUCUUUCUUUCCUUCUUUUUUGUUUUCUUAUGGUAGACCACUGUUCUCAUCAAGAUCAAACACAAGUCAAUAUUAAUCAAAUACUUCAGCAACUGGAGGCAAGGUACAACGCAGAUCAACCUUAUAUGAACCUGGGAAGCCAUCGCUUAGUUGUCCUUAAUCCUCAUAAACCACUUGAUCUACUGAAUGAUGCUACACUUGAAGUCUAUGGUCAGCAUGGAUAUAAAAACAUUAGCUGCCAGCAGCCACAAGACGAACAGAGACUAGAGCCUCAUAUCUAUGAGCUUGCUACAAAGGUCUAUUUUUUGCUUCGAAGAAGGAACGAAGAUCAAGCAAUUAUGCUAAGUGGUCUGUCAGGAUCUGGAAAGUCUACCACACAUCAUCACUUGCUCAAGGAGCUACUGUAUCUGUCGACUCAUACAAAAAGAGACGAGAAGAUCAGAAACCAGAUCCUUGGAGCUAAUACGAUAUUAAAAUCUUUUCUAACAGCUGCAAGCUCACAUGAUACGUCUUGUUCGAAUAUAUUUCAGACCUUACAGUUCAACAAACGAGGACAUAUCGCUGGAUUGUCUAAUUCCAUUUUCCUACUUGACAAACAUCGCUUGACUCGUGCCCAUCUCUCAAAUUUUACAGUCUUUUAUCAACUUUUGGCUGGAUCAACGGCAGAUGAAAAGCAAGCGCUACAUAUAACGCAUACCACCUUUAAUUACUUGAAGCCAUCAAACCAGCAAAGGCAACAAAUGGAUGACAUUGCCUUUCAAGACCUCAAGUUUGCAUUAAAGCAAUGUGGAUUCAAGACAAAGAUAGUGGCGCAGCUGUGUCAAUUACUCGCAGCCAUUCUCCAUCUCGGCAACAUUCAGUUUGUCGAUAAACGCCAUUAUAGAUUAUCAGAAAAAGACUUUGGCAAUGGCUUAGAGAGCAGCCAGGGCUCGUGCAGAAUCAAGAACAAGGAAACACUAGCGUUGGUUGCCGCAGCUCUGGGUGUUACUGUCUCUCGUUUAGAAAACACGCUAACGCAUCAAUCAAAGCUAAUCGGAAAUGAGUUCUGUACUGCAUUUUUAACUGUAGAUUUAGCAAAUCAGCAGCGUGACAACUUGGCACAAACACUGUAUACCACGCUCGUCUACUGGAUAGUCACAACAAUGAACCAACGUCUUGCGAGAGCCGAAGAUAAUACGAUUCGCACAAUCAGUAUUCUGGAUACGAUGAGUCUAAAUUCAUCAGGCGACUUUCACAGUUUAUGUAGCAACUAUGUGUUGGAACAGUUACAGCAGCACAUGCUCGAGCUGUCGUUUGAACAAGAGCAUGUAGAGCCAAGACCUACAACGAUACUAUUCCAUGGAAGCUCUGGUUUAUUUGCAUGCUUGAACAAUGAGUCAAGACGUAUGGAAAGUUAUGCGCUUGAUGCUACAGAUAGCAACUUUCUAUCAUUACUUUUCCAAAGAAAAAAGUCAUCUACUGAUUAUCGCGCAUUAUUAGAUCCAUCCACUCCAUCCUAUAGCUUCGCAAUUAAACACUUUGAAAGUUAUGCUACUGAUUACUCGAUAGAUUCCUUUUUAGAAAACAAUCUAGACACUAUCUCGCCUGACUUUGUUCAUUUACUUAAAAAUAGCUGUACAAACAUGUUUGUUGCCGAACUGUUCAAUAUCAACACAUCGUACUGGAUUACUGAAACGCAUCCUAGAGAUAGUUCAACGAUCAUUAAGGCACAGUUGCCUCUUUGGCCUCCUGAACCAGCAGAAAGCCGAGAGUCAAAUCGACUUGACAACGAAGAUCAGCCUGCAAGUAAGCAGCCAAACAGUAGCUCCAAAAAAGGAACGCAAACAGUGCUAGACCAAGUGAGCAAAGGACUGGAUUACUUGAAGCGAAAAUUGGCACCUAUGCAGGUAUUUGAAGUUAUUCAUAUACAACCUAACGCGCAGCAGAAACCCAACUUGUUUGAAGAUGACCAUGUCGUACAUCAGUUGAAUUGCUAUAAAAUUGUAACACUAAUGAACCAUGCUUCAGAUGCCGUAUACAGUUAUACUUAUGAGCAAAUGUGUGAGCGGUAUGGACCCUUGAUAGAUCAGGAUGGUGCAAAUGAAGAUAAAGCGAUCAUAUCAGAAUGGGCAAAGUCAAGGCAAUAUACAGAGAGAGAAGUCAAGUUAAAGGCAGACUCGGUCGAGCUCUCCUUUAGUGUGUGGAAAUCACUUGAAAACCAACUACGUACUCUAGAGAAAGAAGUGAGUCUGCGAGAAAAAGAAAGGCAGGCUACGUUGGAAGCAGAAAAAGAGAGGGCAAGGUAUGCCGCCAUGAUAGCCGCUACAGAAGCAGAGGAAGCAACCUUACAAGAAACAACAGAAUCAGCAGCUCAGAACAUAGACGCUCCUAAUGCAGCCAUGUCUAUAGACCCAUGGUCUAAUGAAUGUAAUCCGUUUGCUGAUGAUUACAAGUCUGAAUUUACUGCCGAAGAUGAUCAGACGUUUAUUGACUAUCAGCUCAACUCAUUUGAAGACAGAAAGAGCGACUGGUAUGAGGAAGAACAAGAAGAAAAGGUUCUUUCUGAAGGGUAUGGACCCAAUUUAGAUAUGAGCGAGAUGAUGAAAGAUAAUAAUGUUCAGCCUGAGGAGCAAAUAGAAGAAGUGACUAUCACCAACAUUCGAAUAUGGUGGACAAGAUUCGUUUAUUUUUCUACAUGGUGGAUACCAUCCUCAGCUUUGAAAUAUAUUGGAAGAAUGCCAAGAGAAGAUGUACAGAUGGCAUGGAGAGAGAAAGUAACGCUAUGCAUCUUGAUCUUUUUCUUUUCUGCUGGUGUUAUAUUCUGCAUAGUCGGCCUUGGCAUCAUCAUUUGUCCCGAAGCCAAAGACCUUUACACAGCGCAAGACGUGCUUAAUCACCAAAGUAUGAACGAUUACUGGAUUAGUAUAAGAGGAAAAGUGUACGAGGUGACAAAGUUUGUAGCAGAGGACCAUGGAUCUCCACUUGCCAUGACCACAAGCUCCAGUUUAGAAUCCCUUGCAGGAAGGGACCUGUCCUACACAUUUCCACCACCCCUAACAGUUGCAUGUCCUGGACUGGUUGAGGAUAACUCGAUUGUGGUUACACCCAACGAAUCCAUUGUUCUUGGUCCAUUCGUUCACUUUUCUGGUGCUCAGCAACCCGACAAGACCUUAAAAAACCUUCGGAAUCCUGACUGGCUCACCAAGCAAUUCGAGCCAAUUAUGACUCCUUACAAAAAGGGAGACCUGGUUAUAUCCAUGAAGCAAAUGAAGAAUGAUUUCAAGAGCUGGGGAAGGCUUAUAGCUGCCAUUGAUGAGCGUGUUUAUGAUUUGACAGACUACAUGGCUACGGCUCGUCGCUUUCAAACACCGGGUAUCAACAACUAUCAUUAUCUGCAUCCGUCCGUCGAAAACCUAUUUGUGCAAUUCGGAGGCAGUGACAUCACUGAAGAGUGGAAGCACCACACUACUUCCAUGGAUGAUACAACAAGAGCACGCAACUUGGCAUGUCUGAAUAACGCAUUCUAUGUGGGCCGCCUUGAUUUCCGUGAUUCUGCUCGAUGUACGUUUGCCAACUAUCUGUUACUAAGUUUCGCCUUGGUGCUUUCCGUAGUUAUUGUCAUCAAAUUCCUGGCUGCCUUGCAAUUUGGAGGCACUCCGACACCAGAAGACCAUGACAAAUUUGUGAUCUGUCAAGUUCCGUGUUACACCGAGGACGAGGAAUCUCUAAGGAAAACCAUCAAUUCUCUUACAGCCAUGACAUAUGACGAUAAACAUAAACUGCUUUUCUUGAUCGCUGACGGAAUGAUUAUUGGUAGUGGUAAUGACCGGCCAACGCCUCGUAUCCUACUUGAUAUUUUGGAACAUGAUGAAGAUGACGAGCCUGAAGCUUUCAUGUUCAAGUCAAUCGGCGAAGGUUCAAAGCAAUUAAAUUAUGGAAAGGUGUAUUCUGGUGUAUAUCAACAUGAAGGACAUGUAGUUCCCUAUGUUGUCGUAGUAAAAGUUGGCAAACCUACUGAACGAACCAAGCCUGGUAACAGAGGGAAGAGAGAUUCGCAAAUCAUUUGUAUGAAUUUCCUAAGUAAAGUUCACUUUGAUGCCGAGAUGUCGCCACUGGAACUGGAAAUAUAUUACCAUAUAAAGCAUAUUAUAGGCAUUGACCCUAGUCUUUACGAGUAUAUUCUCAUGGUGGAUUCGGAUACAGAGGUCUAUCCUGAUGCAUUAAACAGGCUUGUUUCAUGCAUGCUACAUGAUAGUCGUGUUAUUGGUCUUUGUGGAGAAACAGAGUUGGGUAACCAAGAUAGGUCAUGGAUAACCAUGAUCCAAGUCUAUGAAUAUUAUAUAUCGCAUCAUCUUGUAAAGUCCUUUGAAUCCAUAUUUGGCUCCGUUACUUGCCUACCAGGCUGCUUCUCAAAUAAGCAUAUUCCGCUUAUAGUAUCUCCCAACGUUAUUCAAGCUUACUCAGAUAACCGAGUAGACACAUUACACAAGAAGAAUCUACUACACUUGGGUGAAGACAGAUACCUGACAACACUCAUGAUGAAAAAUUUUCCCGAGUACAAGAUGAUGUUUACACCAUAUGCAAAAUGUAGAACAGUAGCACCUGACGAAUGGCGUGUGUUAUUAUCACAGCGCCGUCGCUGGAUUAACUCAACAAUUCAUAACCUGCUGGAGCUUGUGAUGUUGCCCGAGUUAUGUGGAUUCUGUUGUCUUUCAAUGAGAUUCGUAGUAAUGACAGACUUGAUAGGUACCAUCACCUUACCUUCAUCUGUGAUCUAUUUGAUCUAUUUAAUCUACACAGUCGUGUCCGGUGCUGGGCCGAUUCCCACAAUAGCACUUGUUACCCUCGUGGGAGCGUACGGCCUACAGUCUCUGAUAUUUUUGUUUAAGCGACAAUGGCAGCAUAUUGGAUGGAUGAUCAUAUACAUAUUGGCUAUUCCUAUAUUCAGCUUCUUUAUCCCAGUGUAUGCAUUCUGGCAUUUUGACGACUUUUCUUGGGGAAAUACAAGAGUUGUUGUUGGCGACAAUAAGAAGAAGCAGAUCAUUGUUACAGACGACGAAAAGUUUGACGAAAAGAUGAUUCCGAUGAAGAAAUGGUCACAGUAUGAGAAGGAAAUGCAAGAAGCGGCAAUGCUUGAGCAAGACGCACUCUCGGGUUACUCUUCGUACGGCCGAUGCUCAUGUGAUGAUUAUAAAGGCGAGAAUGACUCGCUUUCGUACCGUAGUCAAUACAUUUGUCGCUAUCAUCAAGAAGCGUACGAGAAGCCAGUGCACAAUUAUUAUAGUACUGAUUACAAUCAUUCAUUCAACAAUCUAUCUGUUCACACAAGCCAACUCCUUCCUGAAUCUCUCCCGAAUGUUGAGCCUAUGGGCGAGCUUUCUUUAGAAUUUUCCUCUGUUUUAAAACCUGUAAUGUCUCCUAACCAAGAGCAGCAGAUAGAUGAAAAGGGAAAACCAAAAUACGUGAUGCUACCUGAAGAUGAUGAAAUCGAGAAAGAAAUCUAUACGAUUCUCACUACUAGUGACCUAAUGACUUUAACCAAAAAACAAGUGCGAGAUAAACUAUCCGAAAUCUUUGGUAUAGAUUUGACUAUAAAGAAGGACUUUAUUAAUUCGGUCAUCGAGAGACUGUUAGAGAGCGAUGACAUCUUGAAUGCACUCCAAUCAUUAUAGAAACUAGGCAACAUAAUAAAGCUUGAGUUGUACGCUGUGCACCGUUUAACCACAUUCAAGUGUAUGAGACUCAUAAAAACUUCGG